AUGAAGCUGCUGCUGGGUUUGGUUGUGGUGGUGGUGACGCUGGGGGUCCUUCACUCUGCUCCAGAGGACCCACCCACAGGCAUCUCAGAGGACACCUUAAAGCAGUUGUCUGUAAAUGGCGAGAAACUGGUGGACGAGGAGGUGAGGAGAGCUCUGUACGGGGUGAAGCAGAUGAGGGAGGUGAUGUGGAGGAAUGGACAGAAACACGAACACCUCAUGAAGUCUCUGCGACACAGCAGCGACAAGAAGAAGGGGGCUGACGAGCUGGCUAAGGAAGUGACUGAGAAGCUGGAGGAGGCGGAGGAGCAGUGCAGAGACUCCCUGCAGUCUGAGUGGGAGCAGUGCAGGCCCUGUCUGGAGGAUGCAUGUAAAACCUUCUACACCUCCACCUGCCGCAGGGGGUUUGGCACUUUCCACGCCAAGGUGGAGAACUUCUUCCGCAAGGUGUCCAGGCGCUUUGGCCCCCGGGAGCCUCGCACUGAGCCCGGGGACAUCCUGGUGAACCAGGGUCCCGACAGCUCCGACACCGAGGUGGACCGCAUCGAGGACUCCUUCAACCGGCUGAGCAGCAGGGUGGGGCUGCUGGUGAGCCGCAGCGUGGCCCUGGUGUCCAGCAUGAGCAGCCGGCUGGACCGAGCCCUGCAGACCGCCUUCCUCAACGGCACCGACAGCCUGGCGGAGGACUCCACCGCGGACCCCUACAACCCCAGCCGGGACUCGGGCUUCCUGCAGGGCGUGGGGCUGGAGGAGGUGAUGGAGUCAUUCUUUGACUUCGGGAAGAGCGUGGUGGAGGAGUUUGGGGCUGUGGUGACCCAGGUGUUUGAUGACAUCCACGAGGCUGUGGAGGAAGAAAAGAAGAAAGUUGGAAGGGAAAGUUUCCCUCGUUUCCUGCAGAACAGGAAGUUGUGCCGAGAUCUUCGCAAACAGACGUCAGAGUGCUGGCAGCUGCAGGACCAGUGUGAAGUCUGCCAGGGAGCUCUGCUCACAGAGUGCCCCAGUGUGCGGGAGCUGCAUGUGGAGCUGGAUGAGGUGUCCCAGCUGCUGGAUGUGUCCAAAGAGCAGUAUGAUGAGAUCUUGUCUAUUGUCCAGCGCCACACUGAUGAAACCGUCUCCUGGCUGAGCAACAUGGCGGCCGAGGUCAGCUGGGUGGCUGAGGCUGCGAGCAACACCAGCAUUCCCGAAAACAUCUUCCGCAUCACCAAGGUGGCGCCAAAGAGCCAUGAUGAAGAGAACAAAUCUGUGAGUGAGACCAAGGUGGAGGUGACCGUCCUGAACUCUCCCCCGCUCCUCCUCUCCGUCCCUGGGGAGCUGAUGCUGCAGGACCCAGCCUUCAUCCAGUUUGUGACCCAGGAGGCUCUGAACAAGUACAAGGAGAUGUUCAGGUCUGAGGAUGAGUAAAUCCAGCCUGUCUCCUUUUCUAAACUCCUAAAAGCACUUUCUUCGUGAACAGAACUAGAUUGUGUUCCUGUAUAGUAGACAUAAUCUCUGAAAUGUAAAUGCACUACAAUUAAACCAAUUGAUUGUCAAUCAUUGCUAUUUAAUGAAUGUUAAAAGAAGAAAAUGUACGUCGUACUUGUUGUCAAUUGAUGUAAAUAUAAAAUAAAACACAAGAAAGUGUGACUUUGUGGAAAAAAAAGGCUUAAAAAAGUGGAAUGCAAAUCUCAGAUCUGAAUCCAAACGAGGAUCUUUGAUGCCUGAUAAGAACAAGAGAUCUAAAGGAAAUCUUUGAGUAAAACUUUUAUUUUUUUCUGUACAAAAUCAUAU